GUGGAUUAGUCCGUCGUAAGGCCUUUGCAGCAGGGAGUUGUUUGGCGGAUCCCGCAAGUUUUCCUAUACUUUACGUGUUAUUUUUAUUCGUCUAAAAAAGGGUAAAUUCUUAAUUUUUAGCAUCACUUGCCUCGUUUUUUAGUCGGUGUGUCGACGGACUAUAAAAACAAAGUGUUUUGGGCGUGGUACACAACUACACAGCUCAAGAGGGAAGGAAGGAAGGCAGGCAUCGGUGAGUCGGACUGACCGCGGCUGAGCUUAUGAUGCCGACGUUGCGGGACAGCACCAUGUCCCACCCCGGCGAGAAUUCCCACCAAGUCCGGGUCAAAGCCUAUUAUAAAGGGGACAUCAUGAUUACCCAUUUUGAGCCAUCCAUCUCAUAUGAGGGUCUGUACGGGGAAGUGAGGGACAUGUGCUCCAUGGACAACGACCAGCUCUUCACCAUGAAGUGGAUCGAUGAGGAAGGUGACCCCUGCACAGUGUCGUCUCAGCUGGAGCUGGAGGAAGCGCUGCGUCUCUACGAACUCAACAAAGACUCAGAGCUCAUUAUCCACGUGUUUCCAUGUGUACCAGAGAAACCCGGCAUGCCCUGUCCAGGAGAAGACAAGUCCAUAUAUCGGCGUGGAGCCCGGCGCUGGAGGAAGCUUUAUUAUGCCAGUGGUCACGCCUUUCAGGCCAAACGCUUUAACAGGCGAGCCCAUUGUGCCAUCUGUACAGACCGUAUCUGGGGUCUGGGAAGACAGGGCUACAAAUGUAUCAACUGCAAACUGCUGGUGCACAAGAAAUGCCAUAAACUGGUGACAGUGGAGUGUGGCAGACCAAUGAUCCAGGAACCAAUCAUGCCAGGCCCGCCAUCGAGUCAGUUAGACCAAACUGAACAGCCAGGCCCGCAGAAUAAAGACUCCAGAGAAAGCUUGACUUACGAUGGAGAAGAGAAAGAGGCGCGGAGCAGUAGAGACACGGGGAAAUCGCCGUCGAGCCUGGGGCUGGCAGACUUCGAUCUGCUGAGGGUGAUCGGCAGAGGCAGCUACGCCAAGGUGCUCUUGGUGCAGCUGAAGAAGACCGAGCGCAUCUACGCCAUGAAGGUGGUCAAGAAGGAGCUGGUCAAUGACGAUGAGGACAUUGACUGGGUCCAAACAGAAAAGCACGUCUUUGAGCAGGCCUCUAAUCAUCCCUUCUUGGUCGGCCUCCACUCAUGUUUCCAGACAGAAAGCAGACUCUUCUUUGUUAUUGAAUAUGUAAACGGUGGCGAUCUCAUGUUCCACAUGCAGAGACAAAGGAAACUCCCAGAAGAACACGCCAGAUUCUACUCAGCAGAGAUUAGUCUUGCACUCAACUACCUCCACGAGCGGGGAAUCAUCUACAGAGAUCUGAAACUGGACAAUGUGCUGCUGGACUCAGAGGGACACAUCAAACUUACAGACUACGGCAUGUGCAAGGAGGGCUUGAGACCAGGCGAUACAACAAGCACUUUCUGUGGUACCCCCAAUUACAUCGCCCCUGAAAUACUCAGAGGAGAGGAUUACGGGUUCAGCGUGGACUGGUGGGCGCUUGGUGUGCUGAUGUUUGAGAUGAUGGCGGGCCGGUCGCCCUUCGACAUAGUCGGAAGCUCCGACAACCCAGACCAGAACACAGAAGACUACCUCUUCCAAGUAAUAUUGGAAAAACAGAUCAGAAUCCCCCGCUCGUUGUCAGUCAAAGCUGCCAGCGUCCUCAAGGGAUUUCUCAACAAGGAUCCCAAGGAGCGUCUAGGCUGCCACCCUCAGACGGGCUUUGCCGACAUCAUGGGGCAUCCAUUCUUCCGAAACGUCGACUGGGACCUUCUGGAGCAGAAGCAGGUGGUCCCUCCAUUCAAGCCCAACAUCUCAGGGGAAUUCGGACUGGACAACUUUGACGCCCAGUUCACCAAUGAGCCAAUCCAGCUCACGCCUGAUGACGACGAUGUGGUCAGAAAGAUUGACCAGUCUGAGUUUGAAGGGUUCGAGUACAUCAACCCGCUCCUGAUGUCGGCGGAGGAGUGCGUGUGAGGGACGUGACGUCCGUGCUCAUACACACACGCGCACACACGCAAACACACAGUCAUGCACGUGUUACGUGGUGUCUCAGUGUCUUCAAGCAGCAUAGUUACGAGACAACAUGACGACAUCAACCUUCUGUUCGAGGGCCACACAUGCACAGUAGAACGCUUACUUGCCAAAACCAGUCACACUCACACUCUGCCAUUUAUAACCACUUGCCCUUAAGCCUACCUUCUUUCUUAAUUAUUUUUAUAUCAUAUAAAUCUGCACUGAUACCAAUUUUCUCAUCGGGGCCUCUUUACCGGCAGCCAACAAGGCCACAAAGUUCUUCCAAGGUUGCUGUACACCGGGGCGGAAGGGAGGAGGCAUGGCCCCUGACACAUGAACUCAGCAUCCUCUCCUUCCAGCUGGUGGGGUGUUUUCAAUGCAUAUCUUAUUUGUGUAUAUAGAAAUAUAUGAAACUACUAUUGAGGAUAAAUGUUAGACAAGGCCUUUUUUUUUUAGCUUCAAGCCUCCGUCGGACAAAACUGACAACUUAAUCGUCAUAAAGUCAUUUUGGAUUUAGCUUUGUCCCAACACCCCUACUGUAGUGGAAACAGAACAUUAGCAUUUAAAAAAAAAAAAAAGAAAAAGAAAUGAAAAAGAUAAAAAUCUAUAUAUUUUUGUCAUGUUUUAUUUAACAACAUAGCAGUCAUUAUAUAUGUUGUUCUGAGUGUUAAUAGAACCAAAAAAAAAAAGGUUCAGGCUUUGUUUUGUUGAAGACUCAACAUCUGGAAAAUAGAGGGAGCCUGCUUCACGUCCCUCCUCCCAGAAUGAAGGAGCGUAAACAGCAGUGUCCAGCUAACGCUAAUAAUGAGUUAAUGCUCUCAAAACUGUGAAUGAAAGAGCUCACUGUGCCGGGAAAUGGGGUCGAAGAGUAGCACAUAAUACCUGAACGCUGGAGCACAGGUUUAUUUUGCUGUGCAGACCAUCCAUGGAAUAUACAUUCACACAGGACCAAAAAACAUUUUUCUGAAAAUGUCUUGCUGGUACGUAUUAGAAGGUACAGUAUAUAUACGAAAGAUUUGCUGUCCUAAGUCAUAGAAUUUAUAUAUUCGGAUUUUUUUGCUCAUUUUUAAUACUAUGCCUUUCUGAAAGUUAUGUUCUGUUUAAAAUUGUUUUGUUUUGUGCUUUCUCCAUUCUGUGUAUGUCUUUUUGUUGUAAAUCAAAAUACUAAGUGAUAGCUGAAAUGAGAGUUCAGUUAGAAAUCCAAGACACAGCGCAGUUGUUGUCCUAAAAUGUGACUCGAAAACUGUAAUCUGUGUCUGCUGUGCUCCAUUUUUACCAUAUCUAACCCACGGUUCAUCAGAUAUUUUGUAAAACUGCUUUAAAGCAUAUCAAAGCUCUGAAGAGCCACUUUCUACCCACCAACUGUAACAAGACUGAGUGAUGAUGCAUGAACCUCCAGACUCUCCUCCGGUCAAAGCGUCUCUCAACUUGGAAAAUAUUUUUGGGCUCAAGUGGUGACAGGAGGAACUCAUUCAUCUGUUACACAUGCUACUUCUGCUUUAUUGUUACUUUUCUGUGAGUCAGAUUUAAUUUGGAUUUUUUUUGUUUUUAUCACUACAUUGAUCACAAAAUGUUACUGGGUGAACGAAAUGGAAAACACUAUUUGUUGUAUUUGUCGUAUUUUGGGGGUGUUUACCACCCACAGGACUCUGCUGAACUUUAUUAUUAGUGUGCAAAGAAAAAACACAGACGGUAAAAUAAACGUUUUAUUUCUCUC